AUGACUUCGCCGCCCAAGCGAGCUAUUGACCGGUCGCAUAGUAUGGCUGUUCGGCUAACUCAUGAGCUCAUCUUUAUCCGAGAUCGUUGCACCAGUUUAGAGGCUGCUAAUAAAAAGCAAGUAGAUAAAAGGGCUUCGGGUGGGAAGCAGAUGUCGCAUGAAGGUAGUCUGCGAAGUUUGGAAGAGCUUGGAGUUGAUUUGGUGGUGGAAAAGAUGAAAGACAGCGAUAUAUACCUGCGGCACAUGGUGCUGCAAAAUCACCAGCAGAACCUAGAUUACCCUCUGUAA